CGCGCUAUCGUUUCGCGCUAUACUACGCACCCACACACUCGCGCGUACACACAACACACACAUAGUGCCGCGCUCGCGCACAACGUAAGCGGUAAUACACACACCCAACACACACACAUGCACACGCGCGCGCACACGUUGAGGGUCCGUAGUACACGCAGCAGCAGUAUUGUGUGUGGUGUGCGUGACGUUCGUUUUCUGCAGAAACACUGUGCGAAUUUUUUUUAGUUUUCGUUUUGCGCGUCCGAUAUUUGUUUUCGGUUUUUUUUGUAAACCGUUCCUGUGGUCAUCGUCAUCAGUGUAAUCUCUUGUGGAUUUUACCGUCGUUGUAGUCGUUUUCGAAAUUGGUUUCUCACGGUCUACCGUCGGCCGGUGGUGCAGGUGGUCUCCCCUGUCAUGCCCGCGAUCCGCGUCGCCGUCGUCGGAAUCGGUGCACGACGACCGCCGCCGUUGCCGGACCGCUGUCCGGAACACGGCCGCUUCUGAUCCACUGGUUUCGUAGUUGUCUCGAGAUGACGGUAACGGCCACGGCCUCUGCUGUUGCUGCCGGUGCUGCGGUGAUUACCACAACCAUCAUCACCACCGCCAUCACCGCCACUAUCACGUCGACAGGACGUGACGCGUCGCGGCGGUAAGAAGAGCGCACGCGGUCUUUUCCGGCCCACUCGUCCACCCCCUCACUACCCCUAACCAACCGCUGGUAACCGUGUUUUUGCACGGCGACGGUGCUGGCAGCAGCGGCAGCAGGCGCGACGUAUUGUUUUGGACGAUAUGAAGUGCUGCGUUACGCGGGACGCGUGAACGAAAAUGCAACGUGACAAGGCCAUAAUAGUCUUUUUCACUACAGCUAUUAAAAUUACUGCGAGGACGACGGAGACGAUUGCGACCACCGUACAAGUGCCAAAGGCCGCAGUUAAAACAUGAACACUCCCGUUGGACUGCUGAUGGCCGUGUUCUUCGUCUGUUCACAGUUCAUCCGAGGUUGUUGGUGUUCAGAAGACGAGGAGCGUCUGGUUAGAGAUCUUUUCAGGGGCUACAAUAAACUAAUCAGGCCAGUCCAGAACAUGACCGAAAAAGUCAAUGUACAGUUUGGUUUAGCAUUCGUUCAACUCAUCAACGUGAAUGAAAAGAGUCAAAUAAUGAAAUCAAACGUUUGGUUGAGACUUGUAUGGAGGGACUAUCAAUUACAAUGGGACGAAGCAGACUACGGUGGUAUACAGGUGCUCAGGUUACCACCGGAUAAAGUGUGGAAGCCGGAUAUAGUGUUGUUCAACAAUGCUGAUGGAAAUUAUGAAGUUCGUUACAAAUCGAACGUGCUCAUUCGACCAAAUGGAGAACUUCUAUGGAUACCACCGGCAAUUUACCAGAGCUCCUGCACCAUAGACGUUACAUAUUUUCCUUUUGAUCAGCAAACUUGCAUAAUGAAAUUUGGCUCUUGGACAUUUAAUGGCGAUCAAGUAUCGUUAGCGUUAUACAAUGACAAACAGUUCGUCGACCUGUCUGACUACUGGAAAUCCGGAACUUGGGAUAUUAUAGAGGUACCUGCGUAUCUGAACGUAUACCAGGAGUCGCCUACCCAGACGGACAUUACAUUCUACAUAGUGAUUCGAAGGAAAACUCUGUUCUACACAGUGAAUUUGAUACUGCCCACGGUCCUCAUAUCUUUCCUGUGCGUGCUAGUGUUCUACUUGCCAGCCGAAGCCGGUGAAAAGGUCACGCUGGGCAUCAGCAUUUUACUGUCACUAGUCGUCUUCCUAUUGCUCGUCUCCAAAAUACUGCCACCCACUUCUUUAGUACUGCCGCUCAUCGCCAAAUAUUUGCUAUUCACGUUCAUCAUGAACACCGUCAGCAUAUUGGUCACUGUUAUCAUAAUCAACUGGAAUUUUCGAGGGCCUCGUACCCACCGUAUGCCACCUUGGAUAAGGACUGUGUUCCUAUACUACCUUCCGGCAUGCAUGUUCAUGAAACGGCCGAAGAAAACGCGACUGAGGUGGAUGAUGGAAAUGCCGGGUAUGAGUGGUCCGCCACAUCCGCACCACACGUCACCGUCGGACCUACCCGCGCCCGCGCCCCCGAGUUCCGCGACGCCGUCCAAACACAAGAUGGAGGCAAUGGAGCUGGCCGACCUGCAUCAUCCCAACUGCAAGAUCAACCGAAAGGCAAGCGCGGAGCGGAGGGAGAGCGAGAGCUCCGACUCGCUAAUCUUAUCACCGGAGGCAUCCAAGGCCACCGAAGCAGUGGAGUUCAUCGCCGAACACUUGAGGAACGAGGAUCAAUACAUACAGAUAAGAGAAGACUGGAAGUACGUAGCGAUGGUUAUUGAUCGGCUGCAGUUGUAUCUGUUCUUCUUUGUCACCACCGCCGGCACCCUUGGCAUACUAAUGGAUGCCCCUCAUAUAUUCGAGACUGUCGACCAGGACAAAAUCAUCGAAAUCUACGGCGGAAAAUAAACAUUUAAGAAAUAAAAAAGAUUUAUAGAUGAAAAUGCUCAAGUUAGAACUAAUUUGCUUCAGAGGAGUUAUUUAAAAUAAUAAUAAUAAUUAAAAUAAUAAUUUUAUUAUUUUAAAAUUAAUGAACAAAAAAAAAACAGUACUGUAUAACCAUCGUGUUGUUAUUAUUAAUAUAAAAAUACAACUUAGUUAGUUUAAGUGCCAAAAAAAAAGAAAUGUUAUUUAUUACUAUUGUGUAAAAUAAUUAAUGAUGUUUAAGAAAAAAAAACAAAUAAUAUUACUAAUAUUUUUAGAUUAGUGUUAAAGUUGGAAUGAACAGCUCGCGAAAAUGUCUCGAACGUCCGUACGUAUACUGUUUGUAUUGCAAAAAUAUCCUAAGGGGUUUUGAAUGUGCUCAAAUCGUUCAUUUUCCAAGCACAACACACAGGGGGGUGAUUUAUCACAGAUUCAAACCAAAUUUAUUUUGUCCUUUAGAAUAUCUCGUAUUUCCGCUGUGUCCCUUCCAAUAACGCACCGGUAUGCUGUGAACCGCUCACCCUGUGUAACUCCAAUGUGCCAAUAUCGUUGACGUGACAGAUGAUAAACUAAAUUUUUUUUGCUCAAACUCGUCGCGUAUAAUAUGUAAACAAAAUAAAUGGCCCAAAAUUAUUAUUUUAUAGGUUUUUCUAAUGACAAUAAUUAAAAAGAAAAGCCGAAACAUAUUAUUACUACCGCAAUGUUUGUUUAUAAUUAUAGUUUAAUUUGUUUAUCAUAAUAUUUCCUCAUCUAAAUAUAUUAAAAUCUUCGCUCAAAUAUUUUUCGCUUAUGCUGUACUAUAGACGAUGACGUCCGGGACAUAUUCGUCAAAUUUUGAACCAACGUUUGGUGUACAUAACUAUUAUUGUUAUAUUUUUUUAGUUUUUUUAUUUCUCAGUUUAGUAGAAGUCAUUCCGUGCCCGGUUUGUCUAGAACACUCAAAUUAUGAACAUUAUAUAAGAAUAACUUUGCGCGGUCUACUAUUAUAUUAUAAUAAUGAUAAUAUUAUACGUGUUUGAAUGUGCCCAACGAUUGUCUGGGUGAUGGAGCUAACCGGGCUAAUAUUACUGUCCAUAGGUUAAAUCCAACGCUGGUUUCAAAAUGGUCGUAUAUACAAAUUAAUCGUUAGAAACCGUUUGCAACUUUCUAGCAUAACCUAUGUUAUAAUCAAAUUUAUAUUAAAUACUAAUAUCUAAUCAUUUAUUGUUAUUAUUAUUAUUAUUAUUAUUAUUAUUAUUAUUAUUAUUAUUAUUAUUAUAGUGUGCACUAACGGCAUACGGCUCACGUUAGUUGUAUACUAGAAUUUAGUUUAUUUUAUUAUUUCAUUAAAAAAAAAAACAAAUUAAUUUGUUUUUAUUUUUGUUUUUUGUGUAGUGUGUGUUGCAAAAUUUUGGUGUACGUACAAUUUUGUUACUGCGUUUUAAUAUUAUAAUAAUGUUACAACCCUUGAAAAGGGGAAUUUUUUUUAAGUAUUGUAUAAAAAUAAUAAAUAUAGUUAAGUCAUGGAAGAUAUACAACACAGCUGUUACAAUCAUCCGUGUACACAAUAAUAAUUUAAUUACAAAAAAAAAAAAUUAAGAAAUUCA